AUGAUCGGCAUUCAGCGACUCAUUGUCCUAUGCCGCUACAAUUUAAUAGGCUCCCAUGAUGAACCCAACAACGUUGCAAGGCUGCUCACCCCGACCUCCAGACUUGUCCGUUCACCAACUUGCUACACGUCAAAAUCGUCUCUUUCAAAAAUAGAAAAAUGCAAGGUUGACUUGACAUCUCGGCCCAUCGCAAUGGAGUUUCCACCGCUACCCCGGAACUAUAGCCGUAUACGGACGCUCCUAUAG